CUUGUCCGUAUCUCACAUCUCUCUCUUUCUAUCAGCUGCCAUCUACCAUCUCUUACGCUCUCAAGUGCUGCUCGGCAGCUCGCGACGUCUUGUUCUCGAGGCAGGCGCAUCCUCGGCUCACCGGUGUACGCCGAUUUCACGUCCUGCUCGCGGCUGGCGUCCACCGGCGUCUCGAGGAACUGCGUGAGGCGCCAGCCUGAAGCCGUGACCUUCCUCACUCGAUCACUCACUUCACCCGCUUUGCAACGCUCUCUUUCCCCCUCUCCCCCGCCCAUCGCACCCUUCAGCCGAACUACCCGCAUCCGUAUACGGGCUCUGCCUGACGCCGCCCCGAGAUGCUGCGGUCAAUCUACGCCGGAGUACCUGGGCGGCCGAAUCGCCAGCUUCUUGUUAAAGUCUCGUUCGACGAUGACACGCGGAAAGUUGUCUUUCCUAGCACGCAGAUGUGUAAGCUCAAGACUCUGCGGAAGAAGGUCGAAGAGAUAUUCCUGCUCUCCCAGUGCCCGUUCCACUUAAAGUACACGGACGACGACGGAGAGGACUUCCCCAUCAAAACGGAGGAGGACUUGGCCGAGGCAAUCAGUUACUUCGCGUCUGGGGAUGACGACUACAGCAUUCGUGGGUCAGAUGGAAGUGGCGCGCGGCUCGCCAUGCAGUCGCAGAAAGUCACAAUGAAGGUUUACAUCGUUGUGGAGUACAACGCGAGCCUCAGCGACUCCGGCAGUAUCAACUCAUCAUUCUCCGAUGAUACGCUCUCCUCGCGCUCAGCAUCGCGUGGCGGUGCACCAAGCCAAGCGUCUGGCGACCAAACGGACUCGUGGUACGCUGAAUCGAGUGAUUACGGUCACUCGGUCAACUCCGGUCUGAGUACGAGCUACGGAUCCAGCGCCGCGGCAGCCUCAACUGGCAGCCUGGGGCACCGUACCUACUCGCUCGGAUUUGUUGACCCUCCAGCUGAUAUGAUGGAGGCGAUGAGCAUGUCGAGCUCGUCGAGCAGCUUCCAAAUACCCCCUGCGCCCGAACCCGCUCCAUCAGCGCGCCGAAGGCCACUGCUAGCUCCUCCUUCCGCCAAUGGCGGUCCAAGCCUACUUCUACCCACAUCGAGUACAUCUUCACCAUCGGGAGUCUCACCGUUGGCCGUUUCACCAAUCUCGCCCAUCUCGCCCUCCGAAACGGCUAUGCCGCAGAGGGAAGGUGUUACACCUCCACCACCACCACCACCACCACUACCACUACCAUCAAUGGUUUCCCAAGAGCUGCAAGCACGGUGGCACAUUGAGCAGAGUCGACUUGCUAGCCGUGGGACAGUCCGCGCCGUCCGGAGAUACGAUAGCGACAACGAGAGCUUGAGCGAGGAGGAGGAUAUCGGGGAGAUCGCCCUAGUUCGCGAGCGCGGCCGCCCAUAUUACCUGUACCAGAGCGCCGAUGCCGCCUCCCUCUACUCCCGCUCAGAUGAGACAUCUACUUCGCGCGGAAGACCUCUAUCCCGCCUAUCGGAGGCCAGCGGAACAACAUCCUCGCUACCCCGUACUCCCGAGUGUCAUGACGGACCACACAGACCGCCCAUGCUUGCGCCUGACUGUUCCGCAUGUGGCGUCCGUCUGGACUACAUGCGUUACGUCUGCACGACGUGCGGGGAGGGUGAUAUGUGGACCGUCAACGCCGUAAAGGCCCCGUUUGUGCCCCGCAUUGCGAGCGAGCACGAGUCAGACUCUGAGGGCACAGCCUGGGGCAUGGCACGGGACAGCGCCUCGAGCGGGUCGGACGUACAAACAGUGCAUAAUGGGUUAAUGGGACGGGCCGAUUCCGACGCAGCUUCCAACGGGAGUGCUGCAUCGCCAGACAGUUUGCAGGUCCUCGACAUCGCCGGACCUGAUGGCUUUGAGGCCGCGCCGCGCGGUUACGAACUGUGCGCCAACUGCAUUGAGGCGCACGGCAUCACGCAUUCCAAGGCGGCGGCUAGAGCAGCUCGACAGCGUCGGGUAGGGCAUAUUAGACAUGCCUUCCGCGAGAAGAUCUGGAGCUUGGAGGGCUGGGUCGAUGUCGAUUACUCAGAGGACGCGGAGUGCACCAUCUGCCACGGCGCGAUGUUCCGCAGUCGGUACAAGUGCGUUUCGUGCCCGAAGUUUGACCUCUGCCGAGCGUGUUACCAGAAAGUGCAGGAGAUUCACCCGGCGCACGUCUUCCUAUCCCUUCCCGAUAAACCCGUCGCCGCAUUACCAUUGCCAUCCCGACCAGAUGGUGUGGCGGAAAGCGUGCCUGUGCGACAUCCAGGCGCGUUUUGCCACAACUGCCUGCAGGACAUUGUCGGGCCGCGCUUCCAUUGCGCAGUCUGCCCAUCAUGGGAUCUGUGUAUACAGUGCGAGGGCGUCGGUGCCACAGGUGAUAGAUCUCACACCCCCGAUCACAUCAUGAUGAAGAUCCCCGUACCAUUAGCAUCCAACGAAGUUGAGGUCGUCAGCCGCCGCGCCCGCGAUCGGUGGUAUCAUCAGGACUUGUCGGCUGUUGCCGAGGCGCCUUCCUCGCACUCGAGCUCGCCGACUAUUGACGCUGAAACGGUAUACGCGCCAGCACUGCGCAGUAGCGUGCGUGGUGGACCGAGCCCCGCAGCGAACUCGAGACAAGGACGAUCGACUCCAAGGAAUCUUCAAGUUGUCAACAUUCGCGACGGGUUAGAUCACAACGCGCGAUGCGCCAACUGCAACGAGUGGAUCAUGGGACGCCGCUUCCAGUGCGCCAACUGCCCAUCGGACCCAGUUCCGUACAACUUGUGCUCGAUUUGCGAGCUUCGCAGUUACAGGGUGCAUGACGCGAAGCACGUCUUCUUCAAGUUUGACCGGCCUGUACACAUGCCUCUGCAGAGUUCUCGCCCGCUUCUGCCCCUCCUGUACCGCACACGAGUGGGCGCCGUGCCUGCGACAGCUGUGCUAAAUCCGCGCGACCCUACAUCGUAUCUCAAGCAUGUGUUGCACAAGGAAACGCUAUGCGACAUCCACGCGGAUCAGAUUCGCGGAAUAUGGCUUCGGUGCGCACACUGUGCUGCCGGCUUCGACAUUUGCUCUGAAGCUGAGCCGAUGGCCUCGGCGAGCCACGAUCCGACGCACGUUUUUGUAGUGUUCAAGGCGCGUGUCGAUAUGGCGCGUUUCCGUGAGCUCGCCAAUCUGGGCGGGGAGCACCAACGGCCCCUUCUGCAACGACAAGUAUACGUCUCGUAA